CACGAAGUGAGAUUAUUUUGUUAAUUUCUUCAUCAAUGGUGAAUCCUAGUCCGGCAAGUUUUUGGACGCAAGCCAAUGCGUUACUUAGGAAGAACUUAACCUACCAGAGGAAACACAUAUGGACGAAUGUUCGGCUCAUCCUGGUUCCACUUUUCCUCUGCUUACUUCUGCUGGCAAUUCAAAAGGUUCUUGAUUCUUUAUUGAAGAGUAUCUCUGAUAUGUCUGAUUGUGGAAGCAACGCUGGUUUACUUGGUGUCAAUUGUGCCAUCCCGAACCCUCCAUUGUUGCCUCCGAUGUUGCAGAUUCCACAAGAUGAACUCCGUUCUGUUAAGGCCGAUUUCUUUUCCUACAGAGACCUCCCUGACAAGUCAUGCAGAGUAACAGGAUCUUGUCCUGUAACGAUACUUGUCACUGGUGAUAAAUUGUCCCUUGGAAAAGCUUUAUCCGCGAAUAUCUUCACGGCCACUUCUUUUGUGGUUAAUUCCUCCAACCUCUUGCCUACUUUAGCCAAUAACGUUUUGGGUUCAACAGUUUCAGCAGGCAAAGACAAUUAUGAAGACCCAGGGUUUGGUUAUGAUAUCCCUAUUUACAGUAUCCAAUCUUCGUGCAGUGCAAACUCCACAUGGCCACUCUCGAUCGGACAAUUUCAUGCAGAUGUGAAGUGUGUUCAAGGGUUAUGUCUCUGGAGAAAUAACUCUAUAGAGGUCAAUGAUGAAAUUUACAAGGGUAGCUGGAGGGGAAACCCUGCGGGGAUGACAAAUGAGGUCGCUGCAGCAUACGAUCUCAUGAGCACGGAUAGGAAAAACUUCAAUGUGACCAUAUGGUAUAACUCAACCUACACUGAUGAUCUGAGAGUAAAGCUGCUCCGAGUUCCCCGCUCUAUCAAUCUGAUUUCAAAUGCUUAUCUUAAAUUUCUAAAAGGAUUAGGGACAAAUAUAUUAUUUGAGUUUGUCAAAGAAGUUCCAAAACAAGAAACUAAAAACAAUCAAGACAUUGCCUCCAUGCUUGGCCCACUUUUCUUCACUUGGGUUGUUCUUCUUUUGUUUCCCGUGAUCUUGACAUCAUUGGUGUAUGAGAAACAAGAGCGUCUAAGAAUUAUAAUGAAAAUGCACGGGCUAGGCGAUGGUCCAUAUUGGAUGAUUUCAUAUGCCUAUUUUCUCACCAUAUCUAUGUUGUAUCUUAUUACUUUGGUGAGCUUCGGGUCUGCUAUAGGACUCAGGUUCUUCCGCCUCAAUGGCUAUAGCAUUCAGUUCGUUUUCUAUUUUAUAUACUUAAAUCUGCAAAUCUCCAUUGCCUUUCUAUUUUCUUCGAUAUUCGAAAAGGUUAAGACUGUAACAGUCGUUGCUUACAUACUGGUCUACGGAACUGGGCUCUUAGGCAGCUUUCUUUUCCAAAAGCUGAUUGAAAGUGAAUCAUUCCCCGAGGAAUAUAUUGUUGGCUUGGAGUUGUAUCCCGGAUUUUCUCUAUACCGCGGGUUGUAUGAGUUCUCGCAAUUUGCCUCCCGUGGAACUGGGAUGAAGUGGCAAGAUAUCAGCGAUAGCGGAAUGAGUGAAAUUUUCUAUAUCAUGUCAGUAGAGUGGUUUCUUGUUCUCAUUGUAGCCUUCUAUAUCGACCAAGUUUUCUCAUCUGGAAAGUCCCCUUUCUUUUUCUUGGUGAACCCUUUCAAGAAACCUUCUUCCCUACCAAGGAGGCCUACUGUGCAAAGGCUGGAUUCUAAAAAAGUCUUCAUAGAUAUGGAAAAACAUGAUGUCACUCAAGAGAGGGAAAAGGUCCAAAAAUUAAGGAAUGAAGGUAGCACAGGGCAUGCGAUCUUGUGUGACGACCUAAAAAAGGUGUAUCCAGGUAGAGAUGGUAACCCGCCAAAAAUGGCAGUAAGAGGGUUGUAUCUAAGCGUGCCUUUAGGAGAAUGCUUCGGCAUGCUUGGACCUAAUGGCGCUGGUAAAACUUCGUUCAUCAGUAUGAUGACCGGGCUCCUCAGACCGUCAUCUGGAACAGCCUUGGUUCAGGGUUUGGAUAUAUGCAAAGAUAUGAAUAAAGUCUACACGAGCAUGGGCGUAUGCCCACAACAUGACCUGCUUUGGGAGACGCUAACAGGAAGGGAACAUCUUCUCUUUUACGGGCGACUUAAAAAUAUAAAGGGCUCUAGUCUGACACACGCUGUGGAUGAAUCUCUCAAAAGUGUCAGCCUUUUCGAUGGAGGAGUUGGCGAUAAACCUGCUGGUAAUUACAGCGGAGGUAUGAAAAGGAGGCUUAGCGUGGCCAUAUCGCUUAUCGGGAACCCUAAGGUGGUUUAUAUGGAUGAGCCAAGCACAGGACUUGAUCCAGCCUCGAGGAAGAACUUAUGGGAUGUGAUCAAGCGUGCAAAACAAAACACAGCAAUAAUUCUCACAACUCACUCGAUGGAAGAAGCCGAAUUUCUAUGCGACAGAUUGGGAAUUUUCGUAGAUGGAGGCUUGCAAUGCAUAGGAAACUCCAAGGAACUGAAAAGCAGAUAUGGUGGAUCAUACGUGUUCACGAUGACAACAUCUUCAGAACAUGAGGAAGAGGUAGAGAGAUUGGUUAAAUCUGUCUCUCCCAACGCAAAGAAGAUAUAUCACCUUGCUGGUACUCAGAAAUUCGAGCUCCCAAAGCAAGAGGUUCGGAUUGCUGAGGUGUUUCGCUCUGUUGAAAAGGCCAAAUCCAACUUCACAGUCUUUGCCUGGGGACUUGCCGAUACAACUCUCGAAGAUGUCUUCAUCAAAGUUGCUAGAACUGCUCAAGCUUUUAUUCCCUUGUCUUAAAAGCUAUUUUCAUUUAUAGGGUUCUCUUUUUUUUUGAUUAAAAAUUUAUGCCUUGAGACACACGCAAACUUAUCACCAUUUUGUUAAUAGUUCUUUAGUGUUGAGGGUAGAGUUGCGGUAUCAAAGAGUUCUGCAAAGGUUGGGUCAUAUGCUCUAAAGCAACACUUCAUGUUAAAUUACGGGACAUAUUUAUUUAUUCUGUGUGUAUAUAACUUAAAAUUUGAGAAGCACAAAA